AUGGGCGCGCGGGGCGGCUCGCUGCUGCUGGCGCUGCUGCUGUCGCUGCUGCUGUCGCCGGCAGGACCCGGGCAGCCGGCGCCGCAGGAAGCCGACCCAGUGUCAGGGCCCUGCGGCCUCCGGUCCAUCGCGCCGCUGAUCGUGGGCGGGGAGCCGUCGGUGCGCGGGCGCUGGCCGUGGCAGGCCAGCCUGCGUCUGCGGAAAGCGCACCGAUGCGGAGGGAGCCUGCUCAGCCGGCGCUGGGUGCUCACGGCUGCGCACUGCUUCCGAAGUCACCGUGACCCUUCCGAGUGGACGGUCCAGUUUGGAGAGCUGACUUCCACGCUGUCUCCCUGGAACCUGCGGGCCUACGUCAACCGUUACAGGGUGUGGGAUAUCCUUGUGCACCCCAGCUACAGGGGGAUUUUAUUCAACGACAUCGCCCUGGUGAGGCUGGCCUCCCCUGUCUCCUACAACAAGUACAUCCAGCCCGUUUGUGUCCUGUCUUCUACCUUCAUGUUCGAGCACUGGCCUGACUGCUGGGUGACCGGCUGGGGAGACAUCAGCGAGAAUUACACACAUCGGCUGCCUCCCUACAAACUCCAGGAAGUGAAGCUCACAAUCUUAAACAACACCAGGUGCAAUUACCUGUUCAAACAGUCCUCUGCUCGUAGUGUAAUAAAAGAAACAAUGGUUUGUGCUGGUGCUGAGGAUGGCAGUGUAGACUCCUGCAGAGGUGACUCAGGUGGACCCUUGGUCUGCAACAAGAAUGGGCUAUGGUAUCAAGUUGGAGUCGUGAGCUGGGGAGAAGGCUGUGGUCGGCCCAAUCGGCCCGGAGUCUACACCAACGUCAGUGUAUACUUCCAGUGGAUCCGGAUGCUAAUCCCCUGCAGUUCACCAAAGCCAGACCCCUGCCAGUGGCUGCUGCUGCUGCUCACUUUGCUGUGGGCUCCCCGACUCCUGCAGUCGGCCUGAGUCUACCAUAGCCUGUGGGAGUACAGUGGGUGCCACAGCACCUGCACACUCCCCCAGGCUUGGGUACUCCAGGGUCAGGGUCAGGACUGCCUGCAUCAGGCUCCUUUCCCCUUCUGUCCCAUUUGCUAAUAAACAUGUGCACAUGUUCAGGUUGAUGCCUUGCAUAGCUUUCUGGGGAACCAAGUUCCUUCCUGGACAACUCCCCCCUGUUCACCCAUGUCCAGUUCAGGCCAAGACCCCACCCAGACUCAUAACUCUUUGUCCAGGUUUUGGUUGCAAACAGCAGCACUCUCUCUGGUUAGUUGUAUCAGAAAGAUAAAUUAGGGAAGGACACUAGGAG